AUGGAAAUCGAAACAAGGCAACGACGUUCAAAAACAACCACCACUGCCAGUAUCCGGAAACUUCAAAGUGCUGAAACUUGGUCCAAAGAGUUUACCAAGGAUAUGCUCGUAUUUGCGCUGCUGAUCUACUUCGUCUGCACAACAUGGCACUUCUUGAUGCCACCAGUGGCUCCAGUCAUUCUUCUACCUGAGCACUCGAACAGAUUGUCCGCAGUUGAAGCUGGACGAGGUUUGCAAAGGCACUUAUUCAAAGAAUUAAUCCGUGGAAUGCCAACUUUACAAGCAAUGCCACCAAGGAAUAUAACAUCUGAAGUGCCACCAGGGAAAAUCAGACAAGAGGAAGAGGCAUUAGUGAAACUGAGUGAAGAGGGAAAGUUAUCAGGGGAAGUGAAAAAAAGAGAUCGAUCUAGCAGAAGAAGUGAAAGAAAAAAAAGAGACAUUAGUAGAAAAGAAGAAGGAAGAAAAGCCGCUUACAAGAACGUAAGAAGAAGGAGAGCUGGGGGAAAUGCAAGAAGAAGGAAUGCUUUAGGAGGAGGACAACUAGAAGGAGUGCUACUAGCAGGAGUGCUAACUAGACGAGCACAUGCAAAAGAACCACCAGGAGAAACGCCAGUGGAAGGAGAGACACCAGGAGGAGGGACACAAGGAGAAGAAUCACCAGGGGAUGGAUCACCAGGAGAAAAGCCAGAGGAAGGAGAACCGCCAGGAGAGCUACCUGGACAAGAAUCGCCAGGUGAAGGACCAUCAGGAGGGGCACAAGGAGAAGAAUCACCAGGGGAGGGACCACCAGGAGAAAAGCCAGACGAAGGAGAACCGCCAGGAGAGCUACCUGGACAAGAAUCGCCAGGUGAAGGACCAUCAGAAGGAGGGGCACAAGGAGAAGAAUCACCAGGGGAGGGACCACCAGGAGAAAAGCCAGACGAAGGAGAACCGCCAGGAGAGCUACCUGGACAAGAAUCGCCAGGUGAAGGACCAUCAGAAGGAGGGGCACAAGGAGAAGAAUCACCAGGGGAUGGACCACCAGGAGAAAAGCCAGAGGAAGGAGAACAACCAAGAGGAGAGCUACCCGAACAAGAAUCGCCAGGUGAAGAAGUAUCAAAAGGAGGGGCACAAGGAGAAGAAUCACCAGGGGAUGGACCACCAGGAGAAAAGCCAGAUGAAGGAGAACCACCAGGAGGAGAUUUACCUGAACAAGAAUUGCCAGGUAAAAGACCAUCAGGAGGAGGACUGCAAGGAGUGUUUUUUGGAGGAUUUUUAAGAUUAAGUCUAGGAGGACUAGGAGGAGGGCUAAUAUUAGGAGGAAUGGUGACUGGGGGAGGACAAUCAGGGGGAGAGCAACUAGGAGGAAUCUUGAAUGGGUUAGGGCUAUCAGGAGGAGGACAACCAGGAGCAGGGUCAACAGGGGGAGUGCUAGGAGGAAUGCUAUUAGGAGGAAAUCCAUGUGGUUGUAGUGGAACACAUGGUGGGUCACCAGUUGUAGGAUUCUCAGGAAGAGGGCCAUCAGGUGGAGGGCAAUCACGAGGGGAGCCGCUGGGAGGAGGGCAAAGAGGACUGCUACAAGGGAUGGCACCUUAUCAUAGUCCACCAAAGUUGAGACCACGAAAACGAACACCCACAGUUUCAUCAGAAAAAAGAACACAACAAAAGCCCCUAUCAGCAAAGCCAUUAAAAACAGGAUUACCGGGAGGAAGUCAACAAAAGAGAAAAAGUCAAGAAAAAAAAAUGUCAUGGAAACAAGACUCAGCGUAUCAAACAGGAAAAAAAAUUCCACCAAAGUCAUUGAGCAAAAUGCCACCAGUAAAAACAUUAAAGGAACCAGCCGUCCCGAGAGGAUUUGGAAAAAACCAAAUAAGGAUGUCAUCAAAGAAAAUGCCACAAGAACAGAAGCGAACGAGGAAUUUGCCGCCAAGGAAUCGUUCAACAAUGAAAAGCUGGGACAAAGCACGGGAACGAUCAUCAGAAAAAAUGCCACAUAAACGACCAACAUUAACUCCAUCAGGGAAAAGAACACGAAAAGUUAACCGGUCAGGAGAGCCACCAGGAAGCAAAGCACCAUCAGGAAGAGAUCUACGAGGACAAACUCCACGUGAAAAAAUACCACAAAGAGGAGGGAGUGCUUGGAGAAAGAAAGCUUCUGGGAGGCGUCGCUUAGGAAUGAGUCCCAUCACAGGCCCUACUUACGGGAAAAGUAAUCAGCGGAUUAACAAGAAUGCUGGGAUUGCCCCACGGGGCAAUGCUUCUGGGAUUAAUAGGAGGCCUACUUACGGAGGAACUGCCGCGCGGAUGAAUCCCAUGAAUGCCGCCAAAAAUGGUCUCACCCGGACCAAUCCGUUUGGAACAGGGAAAGCUGGAGGAGUUAUGCAAAGAACGAAUACCAAUAAUUUUGCUAGGAGAAAUCUUUCUAGGAUGAGUGCAAGUAGCCUUUCUAGAAGAAAUACGGGGAUGAUUACCAGGAGAAACUCCGGGAAAAACGCCGCUUCUAAUCCGCUUAGAAAUACGAGGCAUAAUUCUAAAGGAAAUGUUCAGUUGACGAAUAGACGUGCUCCUAGGGCAAGCGCCCGUUUUGGGAAUACCUUCAGGUAUAUGCCUGGUAGUAGAAGACAUGCUCGAAGGAUGAAGUGA